AUGAAUUCAAAAUCAUAUCCAACAAAAACUCGAAAGCAAUUCUGCUCCCACAAUAGUUUUAAGUUACUCGCCGAAAGAAUAUCUAGAAUCGAAAAUUUAGUUAGUGAUUUGGCCAGACUUACCAAAGAAUUUAAUUCAAAUAAGAUCGCAAUGAGGCAAUCUAAAUAUUUAGAAGGAAUAAAUUUAUCUUCGUGUAAGUUAGAAGACCUUCAAAAAAUUAUUACUUCCACCACAAAUUCGAUGACUUCAAAUUUUAAAAGAAAAUUCUGCGAGGAUCCCGAAGAUAAAAUAUUGGACACUAAUAUUGAUCCAAAGAAAUUACGGAAGUCGGGGAAAAAUUCAUCAAAUUGGCUUAAGCCGGAAAAAAAUUUUUUACGAAUACAGUGA